UGUUAUCCAAUAUGGCGGCGGCGCUGUCUGCGGCGAAGCUUUGGGGGCCGAGCCGAGGCCUUGGCCAGGCUGCCCUCCUGCUGCUUCGGCGGCCGUGGGUUCGAGGCUUGGCUAGAUGUCACCCGCACAGGCAGCAGCAGCAGCACUUUUCAUCUUUGGACGAUAAGCCCCAGUUCCCAGGGGCCUCAGCAGAGUUCAUGGACAAGCUUGAGUUCAUCCAGCCCAAUGUCAUCUCCGGAAUCCCCAUCUACCGCGUCAUGGACCGCCAGGGCCAGAUCAUCAACCCCAGCGAAGACCCCCAUCUGCCCCAGGAGGAGGUUCUGAAGUUCUACAGGAGCAUGACGCUGCUCAACACCAUGGACCGCAUCCUGUAUGAGUCCCAGCGGCAGGGCCGGAUCUCCUUCUACAUGACCAACUAUGGAGAGGAGGGGACACACGUGGGGAGUGCUGCUGCCUUGGAGCCCACAGACCUGGUGUUUGGCCAGUACCGGGAAGCAGGUGUGCUCAUGUACCGGGACUACCCCCUGGAGCUGUUCAUGGCCCAGUGCUACGGCAACGUGAACGACCCAGGCAAGGGGCGCCAGAUGCCUGUCCACUACGGCUGCAGGGAUCGCCACUUUGUCACCAUCUCCUCCCCGCUGGCCACACAGAUCCCUCAGGCGGUGGGGGCGGCCUAUGCAGCCAAACGGGCAAAUGCCAACCGGAUUGUGAUCUGUUACUUUGGUGAGGGGGCAGCCAGUGAGGGCGACGCCCAUGCUGGUUUCAACUUUGCGGCCACCCUCGAGUGCCCCAUCAUCUUCUUCUGCCGGAACAAUGGCUAUGCCAUCUCCACACCCACCUCCGAGCAGUACCGCGGGGAUGGCAUUGCGGCCCGGGGCCCCGGGUAUGGCAUCAUGUCUGUCCGCGUGGACGGCAACGAUGUGUUUGCCGUGUACAACGCCACCAAGGAGGCCAGGCGGCGAGCUGCGGCCGAGAACCAGCCCUUCCUCAUUGAGGCCAUGACCUACAGGAUCGGGCACCACAGCACCAGUGACGACAGCUCGGCCUACCGCUCGGUGGACGAGGUCAAUUACUGGGACAAGCAGGACCACCCGAUCUCCAGGCUGAGGCACUACCUGGUGAACCGAGGCUGGUGGGACGACGAGCAGGAGAGGGCCUGGCGGAAGCAGUCGCGGAAGAAGGUGAUGGAGGCCUUUGAGCAGGCCGAGCGGAAGCCCAAACCCAACCCCAACCUGCUCUUCUCGGACGUGUACCAGGAGAUGCCCGCCCAGCUCCGCAGACAGCAGGAGUCCCUGGCUCGGCACCUGCAGACCUACGGGGAGCACUACCCCUUGGACCACUUCGACAAGUGAGGCCCUGAGCCCUCAAGAGCUAGUCUGUGUGAGCGGCAGGGACCCCGCCGGCAGGACGCUGCCCCAUCCCGGCGGCUCCACUGCCCGCUCCUGCUUCUCUAGGCUGAUUCAUUGGGACCGCAGCGUUCGCCACGGCUCCCUCACUUUCACCUGGGACAGUGCCUCCUACCAGGGGCUGGGCUAGGGAAGACCCUCUGGUUGGGGGCGGGCAGGGCAAGGUGGCUCAGAGAGAGGGAGCCUGGUCAGCAGUGAAUAAACUGCCCCGUGCUUGGC